UGUUUACCAUUCUUUAUUCACCAUUUCCAAACUCGUACCAUUUAUUUCUUUCUUGCUAUCUCUCUUUCCUAAGUUUUUCUAUCCCUUGAAAUCUGAUCAAUUAUGGAAGUCGCAGGAACAGCUUUGUCUGCUAUCCAAACUAUUCUUUCUGCAUUGCAAUCUCCUCAUCUUAAAAAAAUCAUUUCAAUCUAUGGCUAUGAAUCCAAACUUGAUGAACUCCAAAGCACCGUCAACAUCAUCAACAAUGAGCUUCGCAAAGCCCAGUCCGCGCAGGAGCUCCCAGAUGAUGUCCAAGGAUGGAUCGAGGAUCUUAAGGAUGUUGUUUUUGAAGCGGAGGAUUUGCUCGAUGAGUUUGUCACUCUCGCCGAGCAGAACAAGCACUUGAAGGCUGACGGUACAAUAUCCAAGAAGAUGAAGCGCUUCCUUUCUCGUUCUAACCCUUUUCUUGUUGCUUUCAAGAUGUCUAAAGGGGUGGACAAGAUUCGGAAGAAGUUGGAUGCUUUUGCUUACAACAAGCAGUUUAUCAUGGAGUUUAAUCAUGAGCCUAUCAAGUAUAGAAAGCCUGAGACUUGUUCGUAUGUGGAUGUUGCUGAAAUCAUUGGAAGAGAAGGCGACUUGGAGCAUAUUGUUGGUAGGUUGCUUGAUUCUGAUGUUCAAACUGAUGUUUCUUUCCUGUCUAUUGUGGGUAUGGGAGGAUUAGGCAAGACUGCUCUUGCACAGCUUGUGUACAGUGAUAAAAGAGUUGAAAGUGCAUUUAAUUUGAGACUGUGGCAUUGUGUCUCUGAUCAAGAUCAUAAACAGUUGAACAUUACUGGGAUUCUCGGAGCAAUUUUAGCUUUAUGUACAAAUGAGAAAUGCACAGAUCAAUCCUCCUUGCAGUAUGUGCAAAGUCGACUUCAAAAGGAAUUAUCGAAUAAGAAAUACUUGCUUGUUUUAGAUGAUGUGUGGACUGAAAUUCGCAAUCAAUGGAUUGAACUAGUAAGUUUGUUGAAAGUAGGUCAAAAGGGGAGUUGGAUUGUGGUGACUACACGUUCACAAGUGACAGCAAACUUCAUGGGAUAUGAUUCAAUGUACCAGCUUCAAGGCUUGAAAAAGGAAGAUUCAUGGAGCUUGUUUGAGAAGGUAGCUUUUAGUUCAGAGCAGUGGAAUCAUCAUGAUGACUUGGUCGAAAUCGGGCAAAAGAUUGUUGAAGCAUGUGGUGGAGUUCCUCUUGCCAUAAAAGUGGCAGGAAGUCUUGUAUAUGGCCAAGACAAGAAGAAGUGGGAAGCAGUCCAGGAAGUGGGUGUGGCCAACAUGGGCAAUGAUGAUAUCACACAAAUAUUGAAGCUAAGUUAUCAUCAUCUUCCAUUCUCAUUGAAAAAUUGUUUUAGUUUUUGUGCCAUUUUUCCGAAGGAUUAUAGAAUGGAAAAGAACACAUUGAUAAACCUUUGGAUAGCACACAACUAUAUUGUUCCAUCACACAAAGGUCAGAGCAUUGAAGAUGCAGGUGAAGAACAUUUUCUAAUAUUGUUGAGAAGGUGUUUCUUCCAAGAUAUAGAAAAAGAUGUUUAUACAGGUGAGGUAGAUUCGAUUAAGAUUCACGAUCUUUUGCAUGACAUUGCUCAAGAUGUCUCGAGGAAGGAGAUUUUUGCAGGAAGUAGUACCAUACUAAGUGACAACCUACAUAAAAUUAUUCGCCAUCUCUCACUAUUCAACAAAGAAAUUGAUUAUGAAAUCUCUUCGGAUAUACCGCGUUUACGUUCGUAUCUUGAUUAUCGCUAUUUUAUUUUUGGGUAUGUGGAUAAUUUUCAUGUGGAGAAAUUAAUGAAAAGUUGUAGGUACCUAAGGGCAUUAAGAUUAGUAGAUUUAGGAAUUAAAGAUUUGUCAAGUUUAAAUUACGUAGGUGAAUUAUUGCAUCUACGAUAUUUAGAUCUCUCAUUAAAUAUGGCAUUAGAAGUGCUCCCUAAAUCAAUAACAAAAUUAUGUAAUCUAGAAAUAUUAUUGUUAUAUGGUUGUCGCAAUUUAAAAGAGUUACCGGAAGAUUUGAGUAGGUUGAUCAAACUUAGGGUGUUAGAUAUUUCAAGGUGUUCUAAGUUGAAGUAUAUGCCCAAGGGUAUGGAUAAGUUGACAUGUCUUUAUAGACUGAGUGAUUUUAUAGUAGGUGGUAAGGAUAGUUAUUCAAGUUGGUCAGAAUGGUUUUUAGGAUUAGAAGAGUUGAAAGAUCUUAAAAACCUACAUGAUCGACUUAGAAUUAAAAUAAAGUGGCCUAAAAAUGUAAGUCAAGAUCAAAUCUGGGAGGGGAAAAGAUUUUAUUUGAGGGAUAAAAAACAUCUCAAUCACAUUCGUAUUAAUUUUGAUGAUGUGACAAAUUUUGGAAGAGUAUUGGAUAAUGAGGAAGCAAUAAAAUUGAUGAAAGAUCUGCACCCACCUUCUAGUCUUCGCUUUUUUGAGAUGUUUAAUUAUGUUGGUAAGCAAAUGCCAGAGUGGAUAUCCCAUCUUCCAAACCUUGUAAAUCUUGAACUUAUGUUAUGUUACGAUUUUGAGUACCUUGAAUGCUUUGGAAAUGUAGAAGAAAGAUCAAUCCUCCCUUCUCUUCAAAAACUUAAUUUAGAAAUACUACCAAAGUUGAAAGGAUGGAGGAGAGGAGGGGUUGGGGUGGAAGAUAACAACAACUCCUUAUUAUGUCUUCCUUCUUUGAAGGAAUUAUAUAUAUCAUGUUGCGACGAGCUGACGUGUUUUCCGGUGUGUCCCAGAUUAGAGGAAUUGUUUUUAACCAAAUUCAAUACAAGAUUGAAUGGGAUAAUGAGAAGAACAGAAAGAGAUGAUGAAGAAUCAAAUGAAGUCAUUGUUUUGGAAUCUUCAAAAUUGAAACACGUGAAUAUUGAUGAUGUGGCAUGGCUGAAUUCACUGCCUAUUCAGGCUCUUCAACGUCUUGAAACAACAAUAUUUGAGGAUCGGGUUAUGGAGAAUUUGGGAGAAGUUAAGAAGGUGUUCCGUGCUUGCUCUUCUUUUCUCCGAAUUCUGACGAUUAGUGGUUGCCUCAAUUUAAGGAGUAUAGUGGCUGGAGAAUUGGAACAUCUCUCUGCUUUGGAGACAUUAUCUAUUAUAUCAUGUAAAAAUCUGAAAUUCUCGGAAGAAAAAGAAGAAAAUUACGGUGUUGGAUACAAUCCAUCCAUUCUUCCCUCUCUUCUUACCUUGACGUUGUAUGACCUCUUGAAGAUGGAGCAUCUGCCAAACUGGAUGCAAUUCUUGUCUGCUCUUCAAACUCUUGAAAUAAAAAGUUGUUAUAGGCUGAAAGCAAUCCCGAAUUGGAUGCCCAAACUCACCUCUCUCAAGCAACUUCAUGUUAAGCAGUGUUCAAAAAGCCUGGAGAGAAGAUGCAAAGAAGAUCCACCAGGAGAAGACUGGGCUUACAUUCAACACAUCCCCACCAUUCAAUUUAUAAAUUGUUUUUGAAGAGAAUUCUGAUUAAGAUUAUUGGGAUGAAGAGUAUCCUGAUGAAGACAAUGAAUAACUCCAUAGCUCUCCUGGCCCAUCGUCAGGGAACACAAAACUCUGGUUUGGUAAAAAAAGAACUUUACUGUUGGAAUGGUAUAUCUCACAUUCAUGAAUUAAAGAUGAUGUGCUUACUUUAUAAGUCAUUGAAAUCCUUCCUCCCAUAGCUAUGGUUUUGGGAUGGUAUCUCCUUGGUUUGUAAAGUGUAAGCAACUCGUGUUUUUCCGAUUACAUUGAAUGUACUUGUAUUCAUCACAAGAAGCCUAGCUAACAGGCAAGAAGUUCAUCAAUAUAAGUAACUAUUAAUGAUCAUCAACAUUGUUACAUAAUUCACUAGUUAAUUUCGUUUUUAAAUUCGCGAUUCGCUCAUAAUAGCCCAAAACGACAGUAAUUCGCUUUUCGUGAUUCGCGAGAAGAUUAGCGAAUCAUGUAAUAUUGAUCAUCAAUAUAGCUCAACGUUGUAUAGCUUAGUUUUAAAUGAAUGGCUCUCAAAAGUGGUCUAAUAUGAUACUCUUUUUUUUCGAUGCUGCAAUGAACAAUCUGACUUUGGUCCCUAGAGUCUUCUUGCAUUGUAUAUGGCCUCUUUUGCAGAAAACAAAUUUGUAUACCUUCUUUCUAGUGCCACCAUCCUCCUUUGUGUUUAUACUGACCUUUCUCUAAUUUUUGCAGGUGCAAGUUGAAAUUCUACCCAAAACAAAGUCUCAAUUCAUAGCUUUUGUCUUGGGUAAUACUCAUAGCUUUCUUUCUUUGCACAUACGCUCGUAUACCUUGAUAUGCUAGACUGCUGGGCAUCGACCUUGUUGCCAAAAAAUAAGUAUAGAAGGCAGAAAAAUGAUUUCUAGAAGAAAUGAUGGAACAAAAAGCCUUGUAUUUGUAUCUUUGAAGACACUUUUAUAGGUCUUAUUUAAGGUGUGACUAAAUUACCAGCAUUGUUUACCUUGAUCAGAGUAUCAUACAUAUGAUCUUCAAAUCAGCAAAGGCCCUCUGAAGUACCAGUGUAUUUCACUUCACUUUCCCUUACAUUAAGCAGAUUGAAAUGAAUAUUCACUCUAUAAGUUAUCAGAGCCCUUUCUCCCAUAGUCAUAUGGUUUUUGGAUGGUAUUUCCUUAGCUUAUAGAGUGUGUGCAGCUCGUGUUUAAUCAUUUAUAUGCUGACAUUUUAACAUGUACAAGCAUAAAUUAAAAACAUAACAAUGAAUGAUAGUGUACUAUGUUCAUCACUCAUGGAUUUUUAUUCACAAGACUGAAAAAGUUGAUUCUGUAUCAAGUUUGCCAUGUUGAGAGUAAACUGUGAAGGGUCCCGAUCAAGGAGCUUGGCGCUACAAUAUUGUCCUACCUUGCUGCCGUUUCAAGCACCUACACAACUUCUCUAGAUUCAGAACAGCUUUGACUUGAAGAAACAAGGAGGUUUUCUUACUCAGUGCUGCUUUUUUCGAUCUCUUUGAUAGUUCGGUACCUGAAUAUUUGAUCUCACUGCCUUUCAUUAGUUUUUUCUUGCUCGUUAUGUUGAAGGAAAACCGUGGAAGGAACUUGAACAAGGAAUCGAAGACUACUGUAUUGUCCGUCCUACUUUGGAAGAACAUGAAACUGGAGUUGACUUAUUCAACUGCGUACAUUUGAUACUCCACAUUGCAGCACACUUCAGUUUCAUUACAUCAUCCAAGACAAUCAAGUAUUUCUUUCCCGCUAGCUGUUCACGAAGUUGGCUUUUCACCGAAUCCACGGUGGAAUCAAUAUAAUUCUUGCCUAAAAUCUUGCCAAGAGUUUCUUUCACAUCCAGUUGUUUCUGAUCUUGAUCAGAAACACAGGUCCAUAACCUCAAUGGAAAUGCACUUACGAUCCUUGAAUCAUUAAAUACAAGUUUAAGGAAAGAAACAUCAUGCUGAACAUUAGAAUCAAGCAACAUACCAACAAUGCUAUCCCCUGCAUCGACUGAAGAACAUGUUUCAGUUUUUAUCUUCCUGAUAGGCUGAGGAUCAAGCUUAAAGUGAAAGUGACUACUACAAACAAGAACAUCCAACUUCUUGAUAUUCACAACCCCUUUAGGCAUUCUAUAAGUAACAUGAUCAUGUUGUAGAUUAAAAUUCAAAAAGAAGUAGCGCACCUUUUCAGAGAGUCUAUGACAAGAUUUCAGGAGCUUCUUUUGCUUAGCAAGAGUCGAAAACUCAUCCAACAGAUCAUCAACUUCAAAAACAGCAUCCUUCAGCUCAAUCAAAUUCUGUGCUUGAUUAGAAAGAUCCUGCUUGGCCUCGGCAUCACAGAGAACAUCAUUGAUGGUGAUGAUGGUAUUUUUUAGGUAUCAAGUUGGAUUUGUAGCCAGAAAUUGUGAGAAUUUCUUGCAAGUCUGAACAUUACACUGCUGCAAGCAGAGUUUGAUUAACAGUUAAUACAGUUCCCAAAUCCAUGUUCAGUUUCAAUGACAGAAAAUCUUGUACAAGGGUGUGAAACUGAGUUUGGUUUUGGUUAAUGUACGCCUAGCUCAAUUUUUACUUGUUUAUAUCUUGUAGUA